AUGCCGGGCAUCCCAUCACAGCCCAACAACAUCCCGCUCGCCUCGUCUCUACCCAAGGUCAGCUUCCGAAAGAUCCCGCCAGACGAGUCGCUGCUCUUCCACAUCCCACCAGGCAUCAUCGACCCCCACGCGCUUCCUUUUGGCUACAAUGACGGCGCAGAAUACGUCAAGCCUCACCACUACAUUCGCUAUGUCGAGCCUGCCGAGGGCGACCUCAAGAGGCAGGUCGAAUACGACAUGGACGAGCAGGACCAGGAAUGGCUCGAUGCACUCAACCAAGAGCGUCGCAAGGACGGCCUCGACACCAUCUCCUACGAGACUUUCGAGAUCAUCCUCGACCAGCUCGAGAAGGAGUGGUUCGACCUCAUGACACGCGUCCCGCCCAAAGUGCGUCCAGGCGCUGCAGCCGCCGACGCCGCAGCAGGAACACACGACGACGACGCAGACUCCGAGGGAGGCGAGGACAGCAAGUGCGCCAUCUGCGACGACGGCGAAGCCGAAAACUCAAACGCCAUCGUAUUCUGCGACGGCUGCAACCUCGCCGUCCAUCAGGACUGCUACGGCAUCCCAUACAUCCCCGAGGGCCAGUGGCUCUGUCGCAAGUGCACCGUCUCCCCCGACCGCGCCGUAUCCUGCCUCCUCUGCCCGCACGAGGGCGGCGCCUUCAAGCAGACCACCACGGGCAAGUGGGCCCAUCUCCUCUGCGCCAUGUGGGUGCCCGAAACCGGCGUCAGCAACCCCGUCUACAUGGAACCCAUCGACAGCGUCGAACGCAUCCCAAAGGCAAGGUGGAAGCUCCAGUGCUACCUCUGCAGGCACAGGAUGGGCGCCUGCAUCCAGUGCGACAAUCGCUCCUGCUUCACCGCCUUCCACGUCACCUGCGCGCGCAAAGCGGGCCUCCUCUUCCGCACCGAACGCACCCGCGUCUCGCGCCACCUCUACGACGACUCGGACGACAGCGACGAAGACGGCUCCGAAGUGCUGCGCGCAUGCUGCCACCGCCACAUGCCCCUUCAGAUGCGUCACCAGCUCAAGAUCGACUUUGGCCGCCAAGGCGCUGCGGACGACGACCGUCCAGAUACGCCUCACCGUGCGUCUCCCUUUGCUGCCUCUCGCACCCGCGAGCAGUCGGUCGAGUCCGGCGUGGGUGCACCCCUCAUCUCUGUCAGUCGCCGCAGCUCGAUCGUCGGCGGCUCGGACAACCGCGCAUCCACAAGCGAGCCUCGCAACUCGUCCAAGUCCGCCCGCGCCUACAAGAAGAGCUUCAAGGUAGGGCCGCCGCUCGUGCCCGCCUACAUUGCCAACCGCGUGCUCGAGUACAUGUCCAAGAUCCACCUGCGCAAGAAGGCCACGGCGGUCCAGCUCAUCGCGCGCUACUGGUCGCUCAAGCGCGAAGCUCGUCGUGGCGCACCGCUUCUCAAGCGUCUCCACCUCGAACCGUGGACAGCCUCGUCGCAGAACAAGGAACAGACCGAUGCGCAAAAGAUUAAAAAGCUCCACUUUCUUCGCAGCGUGCGCGAGGACCUCGAACGCGUGCGCAUGCUCGUCGAACAGGUGCGCAAGCGCGAGAGGGAAAAACUGCGCCAGGCACACGAGAUCCGCGACUCGCUCGUCGAACCCGUCCUCUUUCCCUUCCACGCAGACCUGCGCGCCGCCGUGGCCAAGUUUGAGGCCGUCGACAGGCACGGCUUCUUUGCACUGCCCGUCUCCAAGCUCGACGUGCCGGACUACUACGAGAUUGUCAAGGAGCCCAUGGACUGGGCCGCCAUCAAGCAAAAGAUCGCCAACAUAGAGUACGAGUGCGUGGAAGAGAUGCGCACAGACGUGCUCAAGAUCACCACCAACGCCAUGACGUACAACAAGCCAGAUACCCCCUACCACAAGGCCGCCACCAAGAUUCUCAAGAUGAUACCCGACGUGUUCGACGAGCUCGCCAACAUCGAAUCGUCCCACCUCCGAUUCCACCAGCAGCGUCUGCAGCAAGAACAGGCAGGAACGGAGGACGGCACCCUGGCGGCAACUGCCCCGCAAAUCGAUGCCGAGACGCGUCGCCAUCUGCUCGAAUUGGGCAUCGAACCGCCCUCCGUGAUUCUAUCGUUGCUGCGCGACUAUGCCGAGAUGGACGACGAGGAGCAGGCAGAGCUCAGACAGCAGGCGUACGGCUCGAUUCCAGUGCCUGCGCCUGUGGUCAAACAAGAGCACGAUGAUGCGCGCGCAGAGUUAACGGAUGCCGCUAUAAUUCCGCCGGUGGCCAACUUGGUGCAAGACUUUGUGCAGCAGAUCUACGUAUCUCCGCCGCCGCCCCCGUCUGCAGAGCCUACGACGUCUUCCGCCGAGGCAGGCGAGGCGUCAGCCAGCAAGACGAAGUCUGGGGCUUCGUCGCGCAAUACAGCGGCGUCAAAGCCGGAACGGAAGCGAAAGACUUCGGACACGCCUGCCGCGCCUGUUGCAGAGAGGCGCAGCACGCGUCGAGCCCCAGCCGCCGACGAGAUUGCCGGCGCAGAAGCGAGCGCACCUGCUGCACCACCCUCGGCCUCGGGACGCAAGCUGCGGCAGCGCGCACAGAGUGGUGGCUCGGCUGCAUCCCCGGAUCCAUCUGCCGAGGCUGCAGCAACGGCAACGGCCAUGGGCAAGACGCAGUCGCAGACCUCGGCCAAGUCCAAAGACGGCGUACAGGUGCAGGAGGAUGUGGGCGCACACGACUCGUUCCUGCUCUUCAACACUGGCUGGGUGUUACCGGAGGGCUCCAAGCGGCACCGUGCGGGGGCGGCGCGACCGGAGAUGAUUGGUCAGCGACCACGCAAGAUCUCGGCGCCCGAGUCGCCGAGUGCGGCCGCACCGAGCGCUUUGCCAGACGGCGGGUCGGGGAGUACGCCGCAACGACCUCGGUCGCGCACGGUGCCGUCGUCCCACCCGCAACCGGGACACGUUGCAGCCAUCAAGACCAAGCCACACGGCAGACAGCGCAAUGCUGCGGGCAAGAAGGUAGAGGCCGAGGAUGUGGCAGCGGGAGAAGGUGGACCGGCUGCGAGUUCGCCGCUGACUUCCGACGACGAGGCGCCGGACGAAGCUGCCACCUCAGCGCCGGAGGGUGGGAACGAACGAAGGUCCAAACGCACUCGACAGGAAGAAACAACUGCAGCAAAGGAGGAUGCGAGUGGGUCGACCCGACGCAGCACGCGUGCGGGCGAUGCAUCCGCUGAACGAUCGGCGUCUCCGCCACGUAAGCGUCUUCGAGGUGGUGCGGCAAGGAGCACUUCACCCGUGCGCGACUAUUCGUCCACCUCGCUGCCCGAGAACGGCGCCAAGGUGUGGGCCAAGAUCGAGACGUUCCCACACUUUCCGGCUGUUGUCGUUACGGACGAGCGGCAGAUUCCGGCAAGUGUGCUGCGCAAUCGACCCGACACACCGCACACUGUGGCCGUCGAGUUCUACGGCCGUCCACGAAGCUGGGGCUGGGUAGCACCGUCCAAACUCGCGCCUCUGGUGUUUGACGAAGCCGAUGCCGCGAGGUUCUUCAAAAUGGCCGCGCGCAAAGGCCAGUUGAACAAAGUCAAAGAAGCCUAUGACGAAGCAUUCACACGGUCCAAACGCUGA